AUGCCACUUUCUAGUCUGGCCCCGGGGCCUUCGCCUCCGGCGUCUAGACCGAGGAUCAUCCACUCUCCACGACUCCUCAGGGCCCAAGGUCCUGUCGGACAGAGCCUUCACCGACGCUCCAGCCUUCCAGGCGUGCCAAAACUCAGGUCUGUGUGCACCGUGCCAGCCUCUAUGGCCAGACUCGGGACGCACGAGACGAGCUUAGCGACGUCCUGUCAGGCAGCUGCGUACCAGAACGCCUCAGUCUCGAGCCACAUCUACCAUUUGCACGCCUCGUUGAAGGAUCUCGAGGACGCCAACUCGCAGGAGAGUUCAUGCGGUGCAGAUGAGACCAACAAGUCGAGAGGCAUAGGCUCCAAGAGUUCAGGUUGUGGUCCAGUCGUCGCUUUGUUUGUCGCCUGGACGAGCCUCCUGGGCCGUUGUGAACUGGUGAAGCAUGUGGGACUUGGUCUGGCCAUCUGGUUCGGCCUCUUCAUGGGAGCCCGACAGCUCAGCAGUUAUUCCGACUUUUGUGGACUAGAAGGUCUGGCCCGACGUACUUGUGGCCUGCUGGCUGUGUUUCUUCAGGUCUCCUGCUGGGCGCCCCUCGGAAUCGCCUUAAUGGCCGGCAUUAGUGUCUGGCUGGAUGCAAGAAGUCGCCCAAUUCAAGAGCUUCCACACGGGGAUAGGACAUUCAAGUACGGUUGCCCUGGCGACCAGUCAUCUAUUCAACUGGCAAGAAGAAGAGGAGGAGGAAGAAGAAGAAGAAGCGGGUCUUCGCUUAGAGGAUACAGGUCUACGAGACUAAGAGGACAUCGAAACCGGCACUGGCCCUCAUUUGGGCUUCGCUUGGCUUGGCUGAUGAUAGCAUUGUCUCUGGUUAGUUGCGUCACAAAUUGGAUCCAUAAUCAUUACGUAUGCACGUCAAGGGUAAUUCUAUUUGCUCACAUUGUUUAG